AUGGGCCGAGGUGGAGAGCGGCUGGCACGCGGCUGCGCCCCUCGCCCUGGGAACGCGUCUCGCAGCCCGCGAGGCGUUGCACAAAGGUCACUCAGAUUUGUUCUCUCACUUGCAGGAAAGGCAUUUGACAUCACAUACGUGCGUCUGAAGUUUCACACCAGUCGGCCAGAGAGCUUUGCAAUCUACAAGCGCACCAGGGAAGAUGGUCCGUGGGUGCCUUACCAGUAUUACAGCGGGUCCUGUGAGAACACAUACCACAAAGUCAAUCGGGGGUUUAUUCGGACUGGGGAGGAUGAGCAGCAGGCCCUCUGCACAGACGAGUUCAGUGACAUCUCUCCUCUAACUGGGGGCAAUGUGGCUUUCUCAACUCUGGAGGGACGUCCCAGUGCCUAUAAUUUUGACAACAGCCCUGUGUUACAGGAAUGGGUGACAGCUACUGAUAUUAGAGUGAGCCUCAAUCGUUUAAACACGUUUGGAGAUGAAGUUUUCAAUGACCCAAAAGUUCUCAAGUCCUAUUAUUAUGCGAUUUCUGAUUUUGCUGUGGGUGGAAGAUGCAAAUGUAACGGUCACGCAAGCGAGUGCCUGAGGAAUGAGUUUGGGAAGCUGGCGUGCAACUGCAAGCACAACACGUUUGGAGAAGAUUGUGAAAAGUGUCUUCCUUUCUUCAACGAUCGUCCAUGGAGAAGAGCAACAGCAGAGAGUGCCAAUGAAUGUUUGCCCUGCAACUGCAAUGGGAGGGCUCAGGAAUGAUACUUUGACCCCGAGCUGUACCGCUCAACGGGCCACGGUGGUCACUGUGUAGGCUGCCUGGAAAACACUGAUGGGCCCAACUGUGAAAGGUGCAGGGAAAACUUCUAUCGCCUUGGGAGCGAGGAGGGAUGCUUACCAUGUAAUUGUAAUCCAGUUGGCUCCCUCAGCACACAGUGCGACAGCUACGGCCGAUGCAGCUGCAAACCUGGAGUGAUGGGGGAUAAAUGUGACCGGUGCCAACCGGGCUUCCACUCCCUCUCUGAGGCUGGGUGCAGGCCCUGUUCUUGCAAUCCUGCUGGCAGCACAGAUGACUGCAACAUGGAAACAGGACGAUGUACCUGCAAGGACAACGUUGAAGGAUUCCACUGUGAGAGAUGCAAACCUGGAUUCUUCAAUCUGGAUCCAUCAAAUCCACGAGGCUGUACUCCUUGCUUCUGUUUUGGACACUCUUCAGUCUGCACCAAUGCCAUGGGCUACAGUAUCUACAGCAUAACUUCCAACUUCCAGUUUGGUGAGGAUGAGUGGCGUGCUGAACAACGCGAUGGCUCGGAAGUGUCGCUGCAGUGGAGCGCAGAGACCCAGGAUAUCUCUGUUAUCUCGGACAGCUAUUUCCCCAUGUAUUUUGUUGCACCACGCAAGUUCUUGGGCAACCAGGUUCUGAGCUAUGGUCAAAACCUGACCUUUUCCUUUCGGGUUGACAGACGGGACACUCGUCUCUCUGCAGAGGACCUGGUCCUGGAAGGAGCUGGGCUGAGAGUGUCAGUACCUCUCAUUGCACAGGGCAACUCCUACCCCAGUGAGAACACAGUGACAUAUGCUUUCAGGCUCCAUGAGGCCACAGAUUACCCCUGGAGGCCUACUCUUACAGCGUUUGAGUUCCAGAAGCUGCUUCACAAUUUGACCUCUGUCAAGAUUCGUGGGACAUACAGUGAGAGAAGCGCCGGCCACCUGGACGACGUUACCAUCACGAGCGCACGCCCGGGCCCCGGCUCGCCCGCGGUCUGGGUGGAGAGCUGCACCUGCCCUGCAGGCUACGAGGGGCAGUUCUGCGAGCGCUGCGCCGCUGGCUACCGGAGAGACACGCCUGGCCUUGGGCCGUACAGCCCAUGUGUGCCAUGUACCUGCAAUGGCCACAGUGAGACUUGCGAGCCAGAAACAGGCGCGUGCGAUUGCAGGGAUAACACAGCAGGGUCUCACUGCGAGAAGUGCAGCGAUGGAUAUUAUGGCGAUGCCACAGCAGGCACUGCCUCAGACUGCCAGCCCUGUCCGUGUCCAGGCAGCUCGAGCUGCGCCAUUGUACCCCGCACAAAGGAGGUUGUGUGCACCAACUGCCCCACUGGCACUACAGGUAAAAGAUGCGAGCUCUGUGAUGAUGCCUAUUUCGGAGACCCACUGGGUGAAAAUGGUGCUGUGAGGCCUUGUCGCCUCUGCCAGUGCAAUGAUAACAUCGAUCCCAAUGCCGUGGGCAACUGCAACCGCCACACGGGCGAGUGCCUGAAGUGCAUCUACAACACGGCUGGCUUCUACUGUGACCGCUGCAAGGAGGGCUUCUUUGGGAACCCCUUGGCCCCCAACCCUGCAGACAAGUGCAGAGCUUGUCACUGUAACCCGUAUGGCACUGUGAAUCAGCAGACAAGUUGCAAUCAAGUGACUGGGCAAUGUGAGUGCCUCUCUCAUGUCACUGAGAGGGACUGCAGCGCCUGCGAGCCUGGCUUCUAUAACCUCCAGAGCGGACGGGGCUGUGAGAGGUGCGACUGCCACGCGCUGGGUUCCACCAACGGCCAGUGUGACAUUCGGACAGGGCAGUGCGAGUGCCAGCCUGGCAUCACAGGCCAGCGCUGCGACAGAUGCGAGGUCAACCACUUUGGAUUUGGUCAUGAAGGCUGUAAACCAUGUGACUGUGAUCCUGAGGGCUCCCGCUCCCUGCAGUGCCGGGAGAAUGGUCGCUGUGAGUGCAAGGAAGGCUUCGUGGGGAACCGCUGUGACCAGUGUGAGGAGAACUAUUUUUACAAUCGGUCAUGGCCUGGCUGUCAAGAGUGUCCUGCAUGUUACAGACUAGUAAAAGACAAGGUGGCAGAACAGCGAGAGAGACUGCAAGAACUAGAAAGCCUUAUAGCAAAUCUUGGUACAGGAGAAGAAACUGUGACUGAUCAGGCUUUUGAAGAGAGGUUGAAGCAGGCAGAAAGAGACGUUAUGGAACUGCUCCAGGAAGCACAAAACAGUAAAGAUGUAGAUCAGGGCCUCAUGGACCGCCUCAAAGACAUCAACAGCACCCUGGUGAGCCAGCUCAGCAGGCUGCACAACAUCCAGAACACAGUGCAGGAGACAGAGGGCCUGGCUGAGCAGGCCCGGGAGCUGGUGGAGGACACAGAAGACCUGAUUGGAUUAGCUUCCACAAUGCUUGAGAAGGCCAGGGUGGCAGCUGACAAUGUGUCCAUUACACCCCCGGAAUCAAGUGGUGACCCUAACAAUAUGACUCUUCUGGCAGAAGAGGCCCGUAAACUGGCUGAACGGCACAAACAAGAAGCUGAUGAUAUUGUGCGCAUAGCCAAGGCAGCAAAUGAUACUUCCACAGAAGCAUAUCAACUGCUGUUGAAGACCCUGGCUGGAGAGAACCAGACUGCAGUUGACAUUGAUGAGCUCAACCAGAAGUAUAAUCAAGCAAGAAACAUUUCUCGCGAUCUAGAGAAGCAGGCAAACAAAGUGCUUGCAGAAGCAGAGGAAGCUGGCAACAAGGCUUUGCAGAUCUAUGCUAAUCUCACCAGUCUGCCUGCUGUGGAUUCCGCAGGCCUAGAGAAUGAAGCAAAUAAGAUCAAGAAGGAAGCAGAGGAGUUGGAUCAGUUAAUUGCAAGGAAACUGAAAGAUUACGAGGACUUGAGAGAAGACAUGAAAGGAAAGGAGUUGGAAGUAAAAAACCUCUUGGAGAAAGGGAAGACAGAACAGCAGACUGCAGAUCAGCUCCUGGCUCGAGCUGAUGCCGCAAAAGCUCUGGCUGAAGAAGCUGCUCGGAAGGGAAAUGGCACGUUAGAGGAGGCCAAUACCAUUCUCAACAACCUGAAAGAUUUUGACAAACGUGUGAAUGAUAACAAAACUGCAGCUGAGGAGGCACUGAAGAAGAUCCCUGCCAUUACCCAGACAAUUGCUGAAGCCAACGAUAAGACACGCCAGGCAGAGCUGGCACUUGGCAAUGCUGCUGCUGAUGCCAGGGAAGCCAAGGCUAAAGCGGAUGAUGCUGAGAAAAUCGCCAGCUCUGUUCAGAAGAAUGCUGCUGCUACCAAAGCUGACGCUGACAAGACCUUCGCUGAUGUGACUGGACUGGCCAGGGAAGUGGAUGACAUGAUGAAGCAACUGCAAGAUGCGGAAAAAGAGCUGAAGCGCAAGCAGGAUGAUGCUGAUCAGGACAUGAUGAUGGCGGGCAUGGCGUCACAGGCAGCCCAGGAGGCAGAAGACAAUGCAAGAAAAGCAAAGAACUCUGUAAAUAGUUUGCUCGCUGUCAUUAACGGCCUUCUGGAUCAGCUAGGGCAACUGGAGACAGUGGACUUGAACAAACUGAAUGAGAUUGAGGGUACCCUGAACAGUGCCAAAGAUCAGAUGAAAGAUAGCAACCUGGACCAGAAGGUGUCUUUCCUUGAGAGAGAAGCCAGGAAGCAAGACGAUGCCAUACAGGCCUACAACAGGGACAUUGAGGAAAUCCUGAAAGACAUUAGCAACCUGGAAGACAUCAAGAAGACCUUGCCCUCUGGCUGUUUUAACACCCCGUCCAUUGAGAAACCCUAAGGGUACACUGGGGGUGGGGGGACUUCCCCCAGUGACUGGUGGAGCAACUGUUUGGCUAUGGAGUGCCUUAACACACGUUACCUUCUUCAAAUCCCCAACUCUUUGCUGCUCGCAGUGGCUAUUUUCUUUUCAGAUCAGGAUAAGGUGAAAAGUUUUGAAAGAGAAGCAAAUUAAAUGAUCCGUCUUUGGGCAUCAAAGGGGUUUUUUUAAUAUAAUUGUCUUCCUAAGCACUCCGCCUUUGCCCCUUUCUCAGACACAGUUUCCCUUUGAUAGCACAAGGAUGAAAAAUGUCCAGGACUCUUUAUACAGUGGUUCAGAAAUAACCAUGUGAGCUGUAUUCAGCAAGGCAAAACUAACUCUACUUUCUUCCCUCUCUUCUUCCCUGAUCUGUAAAAUUCUUGUUUCCAGAGCUCUCUGUUCUAUGAAGGAAGGGGGUUGGCUACCAAAGUGUUACUGUGAUGGCCAGUAUAGAUAGCUGCACUCAUUCAGAUCCCUUUUCCUCAACUUCUAACCCUGUGAUUUUGUUGUUGUUGUUAACUAGUGGCCAAUCAAAACCAUUGGUAGCCUUUUA